AACAGUAUCUUCCUUCUGAACGUCCCUUUUUUUCUUAUUUGUGUCGUUUAUUUCUAUAUCCAAAUGCUGUACAAUAUGACGGUAUUUUUGUAUAAUAUUUUAGUUGACAUUGUAAAUUCAAGUCAGUGAUCUCUGCCAUGAGCUUGAAAACUUGCCCUUACCAAGAUGGCGGCGGAGAGCGCCGUGUCUGACGUAUCCAGUGACGUAGGAGUGGAGAAGAGAGUAAUAGGAAGUAAGGUCAUACUCCAAACCUGAUCACGUUGAGGUGGUGAAGAAAAGACAGUCCUGCAGUAAAGUGGAUUCAGAGGCUUUGUUGAGACUUUUUGUGCAGUAUUGUUUGGUUUGAAAGACAGAUUAAUGGAACUUCCAGAAGAAAUCCUUGCACAUAUUUUCUCUUUCCUGUCUCUGAAGGAUAAAUGCAAUGUCUUCCUGGUGUGUAAAAAUUGGGCCAACAGCUUAACCUGUCCGAGGGUCUGGGGACACACUGAGAUCAGGUGUGAGUCUGGAGACUGUGUUCCCCACAGGUUCUGUGAUCUUCUACCAUGUAUCAGACACUUAAAGCUGAUUAUCAGCAUGGAUGAUCCUGCUCAUAGGAAGAAUGGACUGUGGGUUCUGCAGCAGGUUCUCGCAAGCGGUGAUGGACGGCUGCGCGGGUUAUGCGUCAGCUGUUUGGAGAACUCUCCUCUGUUUUACGCAGGACAGGAUCUGCUCCAAGGAUUAGUGGCCGUCUUGACAAAUGGUUCAUCGCUCACAGUCUUGGACCUGAGGGGUGUGCCGUUCACCUUGAGCGACAGCUUUGUCAAGAGCGUAGCCGCCCUGUGCCCCGCCCUGCGAAGUCUCUUCAUCAAUAACGGUUCUCUGGUGUGCGGAGUAGUCUCGGAGACGAUCAGGGAUGUCCUGAAAUGCUGUCCGGCACUCAACACAAUCGGCCUCUUCCAAGCCAGUGUGUCUCACGAUGUCUUCCGAGACCUCCUUGAACCCCAGAGAACAGAGCUGAAGCUGCUGGAGCUACGCUGCGAGCGUGCACUGAAGUACGUCACGCCGCUGUGCGACCAAAUCUGGGCAGAUGUGAGAGACAGGCAUCCUGGACUGAGGGUAGACCUGGAGCUGGACCACACCCUCCCGGAGCUGCAGGUUCCCAGCGUGCUUCAGCCCAGCAUCCCUGUCAGACGGCUCCACCUCCACACGUGGACCUGCCUGCUGGAGGAGAUACGCAUGGUGGCACAGAGUUACGCAGGAACGCUGGAGGUGAUUGAACUGCAGACCACUGCGUCCCCCGAGCUCAAUGCGGUGCUGGAGACCUUGGCAGCACGGUGCACGAAACUCCGCGAGGUUCACUGUUACUGCGUGGUUUCACAGAACGUUAUCGAAACGUUCUGUUCACUGUGUCCUGAUUUACGCAGAUACACACUCAAAACACGCAAAGAGCUGCACCCCUGGACCUGCACUACUCUUAGAUAACUAACACAGUCACUUUUAAACUCUUUUACACUACAGCGUUGUUGAGUUCUGGCCUGGGAUUGGCACACACUCCACUGAUGAUAAACAGAUUUUUUUUUAAAUGUAUGAAAUUGUUGAUUGAUGUUUGUUUAGCUUUUAUGAAAGUCUCUUUUUUUCUGUAGCAGAACACUGUUACUUCAUAAUGAAGCCAAAUUAAAUCGAGUAGCACAAUUAUCAA